AUGUCGGAAGUAGAUCCCGAGACACUACUGGAAUGGCUGUCGAUGGGCAGUGGCGACGAGCGGGACAUGCAGUUGAUAGCACUGGAACAGCUCUGUAUGUUGCUCUUGAUGUCCGAUAACGUGGACCGAUGUUUCGAGAGUUGUCCUCCGCGAACAUUCCUCCCGGCCUUAUGUCGCAUAUUUCUGGACGAGUGCGCGCCCGACAACGUGCUGGAGGUGACCGCGCGGGCCAUCACCUACUACUUGGACGUGUCGGCCGAAUGCACGCGACGUAUCGUCGCCGUCGACGGCACCAUCAAAGCCAUGUGUAACCGCCUGAUCGUAGCGGACGUGUCCUCCCGGACCAGCAAAGACUUGGCCGAACAGUGCAUCAAAGUCUUGGAGCUGAUCUGCACGCGAGAGGCCGGCGCCGUGUUCGAGGCCAGUGGUCUCAACUGUGUGCUCGCGUUCAUCCGCGACAACGGUUCCCACGUCCACAAAGACACACUCCAUUCGGCGAUGUCUGUGGUGUCGCGACUGUGCGGCAAAAUGGAGCCCAACGACCAGUCGCUCAACACGUGCGUCGAAUCCCUGUCCCAACUGCUGAAGCACGAGGACAGCCACGUGGCCGACGGCGCGCUCAAGUGCUUCGCAUCGCUGGCCGAUAGGUUCACCCGCAGAGGCAUAGACCCGGCGCCGCUCGCCGCCCACGGGCUCAUCGAUAACCUACUGAUGCGGUUGACGGCGAUCGCCGCUCCGGCCGGCGCUCACCUCACGUCUACCGGUGUGGCCAUACAGUCGCCGGCCAUAUCGACAGCUACUCCGGACACGAAGACCCCGUCCUCGGUCUCGACGGUCAUCAGCCUAUUGUCCACUCUAUGCCGGGGUUCGCCGCAAAUCACGCACAACCUCUUGAGGUCGUCCCUCAGCGACGCCAUCAAGAGCUCGCUCUUAGGGGACGAACGGUGCGUGUUGGACACCAUGCGACUCGUGGACCUCCUACUAGUGCUGCUGUUCGAGGGCCGCCGAGCGCUACCCAAGUCGGUGAUGACAUCCACAGCCGGCUCGUCCCUAAACCCCUCGCGUUUACCCUCAUUCCGACGGCUCGACCGACUGGACUCGGCGGGCGAGCGUACGCACCGGCAGCUAAUCGACUGCAUUCGCUCCAAGGAUACCGAUGCUCUCAUAGACGCCAUCGACUCGGGCGGUGUUGAAGUGAACUUCAUGGACGACGUCGGACAGACACUGUUGAACUGGGCGUCCGCUUUUGGCACGCAGGAGAUGGUGGAGUUCCUGUGCGAUAGGGGCGCUGAUGUCAAUAGGGGUCAGCGGAGCUCAUCCCUGCACUACGCCGCCUGCUUCGGGAGGCCUAAUGUGGUGAAAGUGCUUCUCAGACACGGCGCCAACCCUGACCUCCGCGAUGAGGACGGAAAGACACCGCUCGAUAAGGCUAGAGAGCGUAGCGAUGAGGGGCACCGGGAAGUGGCGGCUAUACUGCAGUCGCCCGGCGAGUGGAUGACAACCACUGCGACGCCGGCCGCCGUUAGCGCCGUGUCUGGUGUCGAGUCUAAGAGUAGCAGCGCUGGUGGUGCCGGAGCCGCGGCUAUAGAUACCAAACACGAUGAUCCCGAGGACUCAAGCCCCGGCCUGUACGGGGACCCGGAGGUGGCGCCCCUAUACCUGCAGCGACUGUUACCCAUGUUUUGCCAGACGUUUCAGAACACAAUGAUCCGAACGGUGCGGAAGUCGUCGCUGAAUCUGAUCCGCAAAAUGACUCAUUACGUGCAGACAGAGCAGGUGUCGGCGCUGAACGAGUCGGCGCCCGCGCUGGCCGUCCAGUUGGUUGAAGUGAUCGCUGCGGUGUUGGACACCGAGGAGGACGACGACUGCUAUUUCGUGGCGCUGCAGAUGAUUACCGAUGUCAUGACGAAAGGGCCGGACGUUUUCCUGGAGCAUUUCGCCCGGUUAGGUGUGAUGAACAAAGUGCAGGCACUGGCCGGACAGUCGGCCCAGUCGUCUACGGACGACGAGAUCAUCGAGAAGAGGGACGCCGGCGAUGAGGGCGGAGCCAUCGCUGGCGGCGGUGACGACCCGUCCAAUGAGGACGCGCGCGAACUGGUGGCCGGACGUCCCUAUCACUGGCGGGACUGGAGUUGCGUGAGAGGCCGCGACUGUCUGUACCUGUGGUCGGACUCGGCAGCACUGGAGCUGUCGAACGGCUCGAACGGCUGGUUUCGGUUUAUUUUGGACGGAAAGUUGGCGACAAUGUACUCGUCGGGCAGUCCCGAGGGCGGCACCGAUAGCAACGAAAACAGGGGCGAGUUCUUGGAGAAGCUCCAGAGGGCCAGGGCUCAAGUGAAGCCCGGAAUGGUGUCCCAGAGCUUCCUGAGCGGCGCCGGCGGCUCGCGGCUAACGGUCGGCAAUUGGACGCUUCAGUGCCGACGGGACGGCGAGCUGACGAUCAGCAACAGCGACGGCGCCCAACAGUCGACGCUAUUGCGCGAAGAUUUGGCCGGUUUUGUGUUCGAGUCUAAUCGGGGAACGAAGCACUCGUUCACCGCCGAGACAUCGCUGGGACCGGAGUUCUCGAGCAGUUGGUUGGGCCGCCGGGGGAAGCGAUUGCGGUCUAAGUUGGAGGCGCUUAAGGCUAAGGUGAGGACACAGGCGAAGGAGAUCUACGACCAGUACUUCAAGACAGCGCAGGCGACCCCGCGCUCAACGGUCGCCAAAUUGGCUAAUAUUGUGGCGCAAAUCGAGAGGGUGUCGGAGCGGCAGCACUCGCACCGCAAGAAUCACGGCCACGACUGGCGCGCGAGUCUCGAGUCGGCGCUCAAGGAGUUGACGGGACUGUUGAGGGACGAGAAGUGUGUGUCGGCCUACGAGAUACACAGCAGUGGACUGGUGCAGGCGCUGCUGAGGCUACUGUCCCGCAAUCAGAAUCAGUUCACGUGGACUAACACCGGGUCAGGGGAUCGCCUACUCAAGGAUAAGUGCGAUAUAUUCAAGUCAGUGAUUGGCACGGAGUCCACGGCGACGGCGCUCAUCAAGAAGUUGGUGUCGGUGUUGGAGUCGAUCGAGAAGUUGCCGGUCUAUCUGUACGACUCGCCCGGUUCCGGGUACGGCCUACAGAUACUGACCCGUCGACUGAGGUUCCGUCUGGAGAAAGCGCCGGGCGAGCAGACCCUCAUUGAUAGGUCGGGCCGUUGCCUCAAAACCGAGCCCUUGACUACUGUGGCGCAGUUGGAGAAGUAUUUGAUCAAAAUGGUGGCCAAACAAUGGUACGACUUCGAGCGCUCGUCGUUCGCGUUCGUCAAGAAACUCAAGGCAUACAACACUCGCGUCCGAUUCACUCACGAGCGAGACUUUGACCAAAAUGGCGUUAUCUAUUGGAUCGGCACCAAUGGCUGCACGACCACCGAGUGGGUGAACCCGGCGCACGUGGGGCUGGUCGUGGUGUCGUCCUCCGAGGGCAAGAACCUGCCGUACGGUCGACUCGAAGACAUUCUCAAUCGCGACUCCUCUGCACUCAACUGUCACACCAAUGACGAUAAGAAGGCCUGGUUUGCCAUCGAUUUGGGUCUGUGGAUAAUCCCGUCGUCGUAUACGCUGCGACACGCCAGAGGUUACGGUCGGUCGGCGCUGCGGAACUGGUUGUUCCAAGUGUCCAAAGACGGCGCCAAUUGGGUGACACUAUACACACACAGCGACGACUGUUCACUGAACGAACCGGGAUCUACCGCUUCUUGGAAUCUAACGGUUCCCGGAGAGGAGAAACAGGGUUGGCGUCACAUCCGUGUCCAGCAGACGGGGAAGAAUGCGUCGGCGCAGACCCACUACCUGUCCCUUUCAGGCUUCGAGAUCUACGGCACCGUUACGGGUGUGUGCGAUGACUUGGGAAAGGCGGCCAAAGAGGCCGAGGCUAACCUGCGGCGCCAGCGUCGACACGUACGCCAACAGCUCAGGCAUAUGAUGGUGAACGCCAGGGUCACCAGAGGGCCCGACUGGAAAUGGCGCGACCAGGACGGCGCGCCCACAGGCGAGGGCAUAAUUACCGGUGAACUCCAUAAUGGAUGGAUAGACGUGCAGUGGGAUCACGGGGGCAGCAAUUCCUAUAGGAUGGGCGCUGAGGGCAAGUACGACCUGCGACUGGCGCCCACCUAUGAUCCAGAUCUCGUGCUGAAGAACUCGACGCUCACCACCACAUCAGCCGCUUGUCAACAGCUAUCGCCCACGGCCUCCAUCGCUAUCACCAAUACGACUGAUAGUCUGUCGGCGAAGGGCUCGGUCUCUACGCCCAGCACUAUGUUUCCAGGCCGUAAAUCCAGUUCCACGUCUAGCCUACUGGAGCCGUCAUCCUCAUCAAACAGCCGCAUAACCGUCGCGUGCACUGAACAGGCCUCCAGUGCCGACUCGCUGGUCGCCCGCAAAGCCAUGAUCGCCGGUAGUCUCACGCGAUCGGCGGGCGACUCAUCGCUAUGCGACCGCAAGAGCAGUGAUAAUGUGGUGGCAGUGGGUCUGUCGCCCACUCAGGAGGAGACGGAGGAGCUGUUGGCUGAGAACGAACGGCCCGGCACUCCGACGCCCGCUCUCAACGAGGAGAUGACCCGUCGCUCGUCGUCCAGCUCUACGCUGAAAAUGGCGGACCACUCGUCGGGCUCCGGGUCGGGCCACUCGCACCACCGCUCCAACAACAACCCCAACAACAUGUCGGUGUCGGUGCCCAACCUAUCGCUCAACACGAUUAACGUGAACGACUCGACGGUGGGACUACUGGACGCGUUUGCGUCGGCGGCGGCCGCCUCCCGACGCCGCGCCCACCACUCGAACUCACACAACGCCACAAACGCUACAAAUAACGCCAAUACCGCUGCGAAUGCCGCGGCGGCCGGUAAUUCAUUGCUCUCCCGGGGCUCUAACAAUGUCUGCAAUUUAGUGCGAAUGGCGCUCAGCUCUAACUUUCCCGGAAACCUACCCGAGAUUUUGGCCGAUCUGUUGGAGGAGAUGUCAAUCAACUCAGACUCGCCUAACACUGCGGCUAACAAUCUAUUGCAAGGAGGUCUUCUCAGCGCAGCUCAAAGCUAUCCAAGUCUUUCCAGCACCGCAUCGAACACCACAUUAACAUCGAGUCAGUCCAUCACAAACUCCGUGGCGGGCGCCGCCUCAUCGGCCACCGGCGCGCACACGACUACCGGCGCCAACAAUCUGGCGAACUCAUCGCAAACGCAUCACACGGCCGGCGGUGGCGGCCUAACCAUGUCGUUGACCACAUCGACCACAUCAUCCGAGUCGGAGCCCGACUUCCUCGAGAGCUGUCAGUCCACUACACUGUUGGCCGACUUGGAGGACGAGGAGGAGCUCCCGGAGCCCGAGGACGAGAACGAGGACGACGAGAACGAAGACGACGACGACUACGAGUCGGAGCUGUUGGACGAGGAGUGCUAUGAGAUGAGGAACGGGAAGCGGAAGAACUGGGACGACGAGUACGUACUGAAGCGCCAGUUCUGCGAUCUCAUACCGGCGUUCGACCCCAGGCCCGGACGUACUAAUGUGAACCAGACCACCGAUCUGGAGAUCGUGUUGCCCUCCACUCAGGAGUCGGUCAGCAAAUCCGAGAAGGUGUGCCCAAACCCGCAGCUAUUUUUGACACUUCGCGGGCCGAACCUCUCGAGCGCCGGCGAGUUGGAAAUGGAUCUAAUGAAUCCCGAGUGGACUCUAUUCUCGGCGGUUCAGCAUCUCAUCCAGAACUCCGACUUGAGUACAAAGCAGGAGAAGACGCGCCGCGUAUGGGAGCCCACGUAUGUCAUCGUUUAUCGCGAGGCCAAACCCAACGACGACAUCAGCACAGCCUACUCGACACAGAUGUCCCAAUUGCGGACAGUGUCGGCCUCUAAUUCCAAAGAAACUCUGAUGACAACCCCGGUCUACAAACGUCGCCGAGUGUUGUCCACAUCGGUGGACGUGUCUAACGGCGCCACCGUUGACGAAGUCCUACAACUCCUGCGACUGCUGUACUCCAUGUCCAACGAGUGCCGCGCGGAACCGGUGUCUCUGUCGCAGCUAAGCGACAGCCAAUUCACGGUCCAGAGCGACGAAUAUAUCAGCAAAAAGAUUACUAAUAAACUGCAGCAACAGAUCCACGACCCGCUGGUACUCGUGUCGAACUGCGCGCCCGACUGGUGUCAAUACCUGACCCACAUAUGCCCGAUGCUGUUCCCGUUUGACAUCCGGCAGACCUAUUUCCUGUCGACAGCGUUCGGCACCAGCCGUUCCAUCGUAUGGCUCCAGAACCAGAGGGACACGACGUUGGAGAGGGUGAGGGGUCCGUCACCCAGGCGUGACGAUCCCCACGACUUUAGGGUGGGCCGACUCAAGCACGAGAGGGUGAAGGUGCCCAGAGGGGACAGGCUGUUGGAGUGGGGCCUACAGGUGAUGAACGUGCACUCGAAUAAGAAAGCUAUUCUGGAAGUGGAGUUUGUGGACGAAGAGGGCACCGGAUUAGGUCCAACGCUCGAGUUUUACGCACUGAUAGCGGCGGAGCUCCAGAGGCGCGAUCUCGGGAUCUGGUUGUGCGACGACGAACUCAUGACCGCCGCCAACGAGUCCCCGGUCGACAAGGGAGAGGGUGUCAAACCCGUGGGCUAUUAUAUCAGUUCCAGUUACGGCUUAUUCCCGGCGCCACUGCCCGCCAACUCGCAGCAGAUGGACAGAGCGGUCAAACUGUUCCACUUUAUGGGCAUUUUCAUCGCCAAAGCCCUUCAGGACAAUCGACUCGUGGAUCUGCCGCUGUCUCAGCCGCUCCUCAAACUCAUCUCCCGGGCCGGCGCUCACAUCAAACUCGACUCAAACAACACUUUUCUCAUCACCGGCAAUACCGCGGAAGAAGACGAGACGAUUAGUUCGUCGAUUAGUCCGAUCUCUGACGACGACCUCCUGUUGGCCGAGAGGGAGGAGUUGGGCAGAGAGGCGAAGCUCAAGCGCGAGAAGCACGAGAUUAAGCAGAAGUCGUGGAUUCACGGCAUUCUCGACAUGAAGGACCUGUCGCUCGUCAAUCCCAUUCAGGCCCGUUUUCUGCAACAACUCAACGAAUUGGUACAACAAAAGCAGCGCAUCCUAUCGGACACCGGCCUCACGUGGGAAGACCGCAACAACCAGGUCCGCAACCUCUGCAUACCUCUGGCUCAGGCGCAGCUGCCCGUCCGCAUCGACGACUUGGGCCUCACAUUCCAGUACUGCCCGCCCUCUCGGGUGUUCGGCUACUCUGCGGUCGAUCUGAAGCCGAAUGGAGAGCUCGAAGACGUGACCAUCGAUAACGUCGAGGAGUACGUCGAGCUUAUGAUGGAUUUUAUACUUCACACCGGGAUUAAGAAACAAAUGGACGCCUUCAGAGACGGCUUGAAUCUCGUGUUUCCCAUCGAGAGGUUGAGCUCAUUCACGCCCGAAGAGGUACGGCUCAUGUUGUGCGGCGAACAGACGCCCAACUGGUCGCGCGAAGACAUCAUUAAGUUCACUGAACCCAAACUCGGGUACACCAGAGAGAGUCCCGGUUUCCUGCGGUUUGUGAACGUAUUGGUCGCCAUGAAAGGCGAUGAGCGCAAGUCGUUCCUCCAGUUCGCCACCGGGUGCUCAUCGCUCCCGCCCGGAGGCCUCGCCAACCUUCACCCCCGGCUAACCAUUGUCCGCAAAGUGGACGCCAGUGAGCACUCGUACCCAUCAGUCAACACAUGCGCCCAUUAUCUCAAACUCCCGGACUAUCCCAAUGAGGACGUGAUGCGGGACAGGCUGUUGGCCGCCACUAAAGAGAAAGGCUUUCAUCUCAACUGAACUCUCGGUUUCUCUCACAACCCGAAGAGCUCUCGAAGCGAAUCCAAUCGUCAACUCGAAGUCGUUUAUUGACUCGAAAUACCAUUUCUAGUGUUUUAGUGACAUUUUAGUCCAUAUUUACAAAUAAUAUAUAUUAUUAUUAUUACUAUUAUAUUAUUGAAGCAAAAUAUUGAGUUUUAAUUGAAGUUAAGAGUUAAUUAUAUAUUAUUGAUAAUUAUAUUAAUUAUUUUAUUGAGAUUUGAAGUGAAGUCAAGUGUGAUAUUACCCCUAAAAACGACCCGUUUUUUUGAAUCCAAUCAUAGUUUUCGGUAUAAAAACAAUCCUAUUCUCUAUUUUUGAACAUAUGAUGACAUUUCGUAUGAUUUUUUGUAUAAUUUUGUGAUCAAAUGAUUUGUUUUUUUUGUUUAAUUCAAUGAAUGAUUUAUUUUUAUUAUUUUUGUCGAUCGAUUCAAUUGAAAAGUGCCUUCAAUUGAGUAUUUAAUGUGAAAAUACAGUCAAAUAAUAGCUUAUUAUAAGAGACGUAAAGAUGAGAUGAUUGAAGAGAUCUAUGAUUUUGUGUUCAUUUCAUGAUUUGUUUUGUUUUUUUGUGAUUAAAACUCCACUUUUUAUGUGACACUUAUUUUUUCGGUUCACAAA